UAAUUUCAUUUCAACUGUAGUUCUCUCGGUAAUAUGAGGUUCAUUCAAAGUAUGGGUUAGAUACUGUAGUGUUUGACCAGUAUUGGUGUUGUGAAUGACCGAGUGGUAAGACCGGGAUAGAGUCCAUAAAUUUCCAUCAAUCGAUGAUGGAGUUACAGUUAACUUUUACAGCGCUCUUUGUUUACAUGUUCUUGUUGGAAAUAAGUGCUUAUACUCCUAACACAUGCACAAGAUGCCAGAAUACUCACACUUGCAAGCCGCCAAAUUGUGUAUGUUGCUCGAAUGAUAUGCCUUUGCCAUACAAAGCAAUUCCUCAAAUGGUAUUCUUUACUUUUGAUGAUGCAAUUACUCCUCAGGUUGCAGGAUUCUAUAGACAAUUAUUUGAUUCAAGUCGCAGAAAUCCCAAUGGAUGCCCAGUUUCAAUGACAUUAUUUAUCUCACAUUCCAAUACCGUUUACAGUUUAGUAAGAGAAUUUUACCAAAAGGGAAUGGAGAUUGCUUCUCAUAGUGUAUCCCAUGGACAUCCUAAGACGUCAACAUUUAAAGACGAAGCACUGAAACAAAAACAGAAUUUAGCGAGAAUGGCGAGAAUUCCUCAUACAAGAAUCAAGGGAUGGAGAAGCCCAUUUCUCGAACCACUCGGAGACGCUCAGCCAAACAUGCUUCAUGAACUAGGAUACUCGUAUGAUGCAACGCUAACAAUUAGCAAAAAAACAUUAAAAGAGAAGCCCCCUGUACCAUUUACUUUAGAUUAUGGGUGGCCAUAUGACUGCAAGAUUAAACCGUGUCCAAGAAAACAACAUCGAGGAUUCUGGGAAGUUCCGGUUAUUUCUUUGAUGGAUUAUUUACAAAGGUUUGAUUGUGUAUAUGUUGAUGGAUGUAAUAAUCCGCCACCGGACGAGGAAGCGGCAUUUCGUUUUCUAUGGAACAAUUUCGAGAGCUACUACAAGACAAACAAGGCGCCAUUUGGUAUUAAUAUGCAUGCAUCAUGGUUCUUCUAUCCAGACAGGCUUAAGGCUAUGGACCGAUUUAUCCGUGAGUUAGUACUUUUAGAUGAUGUGUAUAUUGUUUCAGUUAAACAAGUUAUAGAAUGGCUGAGAAAUCCAGUCAAACUUCAAGACGUUAACAGUUUUGGACCUUGGAGUUGUAAUAAUGCAAACAAUGGGACUGGAAGUCAAACUGCAUUUGAUCUUAGAAACAAACAAAUAGAACAAAGAUUAAAAGAACUGCGGCAUGAAAGAUACGUGAAACAGGAAACAGACUUCUUACAAAAGCAUCGCACUUGGAAAAUGCAGCAAGCUGCUAAAAAGGCUGCAACUGCAAAACUUUCCCGAUAUCCAAAUUACCAACAAAGAACUCCACAAAGACAGUUUUACUCACAGCAGCACCCGAGAGUGUCGUCAGGUCAGACAUCAUCUACAAUGACAUGGCAGCAAAUGCUUGUGGCACAUUCAAGAAAACAACAUGCCCAAUCGAGACCAAGGUAUGCACAACAGUCCCACCGACCGGGAUUCUCGCCGAGAGUUGGUUUGAUCCAAAAUGUACCCCAAGUACGUCCUCCGCUCGCUCCAAAACGUAUGAUUAGGCCAGUUGGUAAAAACAGUGAUCCUAGACGGAAACAAAUCAUGCUAAAAGAACAAAAGCGAAUCCGUAAACAACAAAGAAUUGCGGCAGAAAAUCGAUUAAGAAAAACAAUAAAGCUACAGGAAGAAAGAAAUGCUAAAUCAGAUGUACCAAAAACUAUAAUUAAAAGUGUUUCAGAUAAUACUGUAAGCACUGAAUCAAAUAAAAUUGUCAGUAAUACACCAAGAAAACAUUUUCAAACGAUUAACAUGAAUAAUGAAAGACGUGUGCCUGUUCCAAGGACUAAUGUAAUCUUGAACCCAGCUAACCGUUUACAGAUACCAAAGAAAGUAUCAAAGUCACAUACUUAUGUAAAUGUACCAAAGAGACAACAAUUACCUAGAAUGCAGACGAAGAUGAAUGAAGAAAUAAAAAGUGUUCCAAAGUUUGUUCAUAGCAAGCCUGUACAAACAGGUAUAAACAAACCUAAACUACAUGAUAGUAUGCAAACACCUGUGAAACGAAAAAGAAUAAAACCAAAAUCAUCAAUCAUUAAAUCUACGAAUUCUGUAGUCUCGCCAAUUGUCGAGAAACCGAAGAGAAAAUAUUAUAGUGCACCGAAUGUACAGAUGAUCGGUGGAUCGUGGAACUUGUUUAAUAUGAAUAAUGCAGACAUGAAAAUGCCAUGGAGAAGUUGGAUUACUGACACUCGUAAAGAUAGAACAAUUGAAAAAAUCACAAAAGGUCAAACAAAAGUUAUAAAAUCAAAUGUGAAAAAAGUAGACAGACAUUUAAACCAAAUAAAAACACAACAAACGAUGUCACCAAGAGAGAAGAUGAAUGGUACGAUACAAACGGAUAUAUUUUCUACUAAAGCACCGAAUAUAAGUAAAACUAUAAAACCAAUAAAUUCGUCAAUGGCUAACAUGAAAGUUGUCGAAAAUAUAGUAAAAACGGAUAUAAAUUUGACACAUUUCGGACAAGGAACGUCAAUUCCGGCGUUAAACAAUUGUCAACAAAAUGUUAAUUGUUUAUUACCUGACUGUUUAUGCAUGACACACAAAAAUCCGUUUGAAAUGAAAAGAAGCGAAAUUCCCCAAAUUGUUUACAUCACUUUCGAAGGAGAUAUAAAUUUCCUUUCCUAUUCAAAAAUGAGAUCUUUAUUCAAGUCUCAGAGAAUAAACCCAAAUGGUUGCCCUAUCAGUUCAACCUUCUUUGUUUCCGAAUCAGGAAGUAGUUACAGCCUUGCGAGAAAUCUUCAACGUUAUGGAACUGAAAUAGCCAUCCAUGGAUCCAAAAAACAUUACGUGGACAUGGUUUCACUUAAAUCUGACAUUGACAAGCAAAUGCAAAAUUUUGCACAACGAAUUGGAAAUCAGGGGAGGUCACUCACUGGAUGGAGAAGUCCUGAUUUGAAGAUUUUCGGCGAUGAACAGUUUGAAUUUUUAAAAAACAAGUCUAUUUAUGAUUCUUCUUUAGUUCUUGAUCGGUCAAUGAAAGCUUUCCCAUUUACUCUGGAUUUUGGUUUGGACAAACACUGCACGGAUAUGAAAUCUUGUCACCUGAAUGGCCAUCAAGGAAUUUGGGAAGUUCCCAUCAUUCCUCUUUUUGGAUAUAACCAAUCUGAACCUUGCGUUUAUGUCGAUGAAUGUUCCAAUCUGCCAACCAACACAGAGGAGACUUAUCAGUACCUGUUAAAGAACUUUGAAAAAUAUUAUCAUAACAACCGUGCGCCAUUUGGAUUACAUUUAAAGCAGAACUGGUUCCAUUGGUCUUCUAGUAAACAUUUAGCGGGACUGAGUAAAUUUAUUGAUAACAUACUGGAAUACAAUGAUGUUUAUAUUGUGACUAUAUCGGAUAUGAUAGAGUGGCUAAAAAGACCGACAAAAAUUUCAAAUAUAACAAAAACGAAUAUAUGGAAUUGUUGAUGUGUAUGUUUCCAAAUGUAUAUCGGAUUUCCAGAGCUUUAAUUGACUUUUGUAAGGUGCGUUGAAAAUAUGGUUUAUGCGUCCCCCUAUCAAACAUGCUGACUUUAUUUUUCCUUGGACAAUCAAAACUAAAACGGUAUAUUAUGCUGUUUUAAGCCCAUCUAUAUUGUUUCAUUACGGAAAUGAUUCAUACAUAUGAUGAACGUGUUUUUAACAUAACUUCAAAACAAUACAUGUUUCGCUUAUCCUAUAACAAUAUAACUUUUCAAUAGUUUACUAUACGUUUCUGAACUAAAAUAGCAGUUAGAUGACCGUGAGAAUUAAAGCUAGAUUUUUAUUGUUGAGUGAAAGUUUGUAAUGAAAACCAGAUCAAUUCCAUGAAAUAAUACUGAUAAACUUUAACUUAAAUGAAAAAAAAAUAUAUAUCUGUGAUAACAAUUUUCAUCAGUCAUUAUGUGUGUCCAAUAAAUAUUUAUAUAAAUUGGCUUAUGUAUAAUAAAAGGAGCAUAUCGA